AUGUCUUUCCAAUCCCUAGCCACAACCCCUGCAGUCCAAGCCAUGAACGCCAACCUGUUGAGGAACCUGUGGUCUUAUCGCGAGAUGGAUAGAGGGGUUGAUGGAGGAGUUGAUGGAGGAGUUGAUGGAGAGGUUGAUCAAGGAGAAGAGACGGAGAGUGCGUAUGAGGAGGAUGAAGUUGUGGAGGUAGAAGAGGAGGUGCAGGAAGAGGUUGUUUCCUCACCACCACCACCACCACCAGAAGUGCAAGUAGAAGUGGAAGUAGAGAUUGCAGCAAAGGAGAAGAAAUCACCUAAACUGUAUAUUCCAACAAGGAUUUGGAAUGAGGUUGUGCCUAGAGAGGCUAGUGGCGCCGAGGCGCAAGAGCAGGAAGCAGAAGCGCAAGUAGAAGAAAGAGGCCGAAGAAAGCGAACAAAAACAUUCAAAGCCUCUCAAAACGAAGAGUUUUCACGGAAGAAGACAAGCGGAGCUUCGCGGUCACGUGGGCAUGCGGCUUCGGGUUCGACAUCUAGACCUGCUUCCCGCACCGCUUCCCGCACCACUGCCGCUGCCGCUCCACGUACGCGUGGAAGCAAGAACGUCCCGCUAUCCUCCUCCGCCCUCGCACUAGAAACCGCCGCCCGCACCCUCGCCCUCCGCACCGCCGCCUCCGCUUCCUCAUCCACACCCACCGUCUCCUCCCCACCCCUCCCACCAACCACACCACCCCCCAACGAAGGCCCCCGCGCAGCAUGGGCUCGCCUCUUCCCGCACCUCCCCUCGCUCUCAGACUACUACCACAUCGGCGAAUGGCGCGAACUAAUGGUUUGGAAAGAAGCCAAAGGCUAUAUUAAACGGACCGCAGAUGACCCAUGGGAGAAGCCUGUGUGGAGGAAGCCGGGAUGGAAUCGCAGGGACGAGGAACAUGAGAGGUUGUGGGAGGGAUGUGAGAGGAGGAUGGUGAGGGAGAGGGGGUGGACGUAUGAGGGGAGGGUGGCGGGGGAUGAGGGGAUGGUUAGGGCGGCUGAGAGGGGUUGGGGUGUAGGGGGGUGGGAGGGGUGA